AUGCGCAAAUUCCGCAUGACCCAAACAUCGCUGCAUCUCCCCUCCCUGCCUUCGCAUCUCCCCAUCCUAAGGGCUCAACUCCCUCACACAAGGAGCCACGUCCGCCAAGGCAAACACACUGCCAUCGCCCACGGAAUUGCCAUUCCUACUCCAGCCAGGGCGAGCGAGCGCAUGGAGGCGUAUCCUGGGUCGCGCCACCCGCUGCACCCCCGCCUGCACUCCGAAACCACCCUACGCGCCCCCGCCUCCAACCACCAAUGGCGGCCCUUAGUUCCGCCGUCUCGCUAUCAGCUUCUCCGGUAUUCUGUAUCGCUACGGCUGUCCCGGCUACCCGGUCGGCAGAGUGGGAGCGUCCCGCAGAGCCGCAGUCACUCCAGCCGGCUCGUCGCCGCCACGAGCGACGGAGAACCGAAUGGAAUUGCUGCGAACGAUGCAGAUAAUAUGGGGGAUAAGGGUGCAGGGAGGAGUGAGAAGGCGGAGAGCGCGGAGCUGGCGGGCAUCCUGGCGCGCGUUCACGAGGAGAUGGCGCAAGCCACCCGCGCCCACGCGGACGGGCGCGUGUCAGCCCUGCGGAGCAUGGGGCGCGAAGGCGACGGGGAGAGCGCAGCGGGCGAGCAGCUUCUGCUGGAGCUGCUGCAGACGGAGGAGCAGCGGCGCAUGCGCGCGCCGGGGGACGCGGAGGAGGCGGAGGAAGAGGCGGGGUUUUGGGGAGGAAGCGACGGCACGCAAGGUGGAAAGGAGUACAGUACCAUGUACGAUCCUCCCAAUGCCCCUCGUUCCACGCACUCCUCUUUUGCUCUGCCCGUGCUCUUGUGCCCCCAUGUCCUUCCCCCCAUGUCCUUCCCCUCUUUUCCCGCUGCCUGCAGCCUGCCCCCAUCCUUCUCCGCUCUUGCCACUGGCUCGUCCGCGGUCUCCCCCGCGGCUUCUGCAGCGCCUGCUGCCGCUGGCGGCGAUGGGGGGAGUGAUGAGAGCAGGGGCGCGCGGAUCGAGGGGGGAGAGCUGUGGCGCGGCGUGCACGUGGCCGGAGCCAAGUGGGCGGGCGCGGGCGCGGGGGUAGCGCAAGGGGAGGGCGCUGGGCUAAGGCGAGGGGAGAGACCGGGGGAAGAAGGAGGGGGGCGGGCUGCGGCAGGGCAGAGCGGGGGGGUAGAGGCAGGGGCGAGCAGCGGGACGUACCUGCAGGCGCGCAAGCUGCUGUCGAACAUGGCCAGGAGCAUGGAGCAGCUGGAGAGUGGGCUGUCCGCCCGCCACAAGGUGCGCCUCUCCGCCCCACAAGUGGUGCGGAGGGCGGAGGAGAUGGUGGCGCGCAUGCAGGUGCAGUUCGCAGCCAUGGAGAAGGAGGCCGCCCACAAAGACACCGUGCUCGCCCGCCUGCUGGCGCACGCCAAGUCCACCAAGCAGCAAAUGAGGGCGGUGGAGGAGCGGUCGCGAGUGGAGAAGGAUGAGCUCAGGCGGGAGAUGACGGAGCAGCAGCAGCGCAUGCAGAAGGAGCUGGAGUCGGCGGCGGGGAGGGAGGAGCGGAUGAGGCGGCAGCUGAUGGAGGCGCAGGAGGGCAUCGCGCACAGAGACGCCUUCCUGCAGCAGCUGCAGGAGGAGGCCGCGCUCUCCGCUUCCGCGCUCAAACAGGCCGCCAGGGCGAUGGUGGCGGCGCGGGACCGCACGUUGAGGAUAGAGGAGCAGCUGGAGUCGAUGGGCGACCAGCUCACCAAGGAGCGCGCCAAGACCCGCCGCGAGCGCGAAAACACCGCCCGUGUUACUGCUGAGCUGGCGGAGGCGCGCAUGGCAGUGGAGGAGAUGGCGGGGCGGGUGGGGCGGCUGGAGAGCGAGGUGCAGCGCAAGGAGCAAGAGAUGCAGCAAAGUCGCCAGGAGGCGGACGCUGUCAGGGCGCAGCUUAAAGCCACCCAGCAGGUCAGGGCGCAGCUUAAAGCCACCCAGCAGGUCAGGGCGCAGCUUAAAGCCACCCAGCAGGUCAGAGCGCAGCUUAAAGCCACCCAGCAGGUCAGGGCGCAGCUUAAAGCCACCCAGCAGGCACUGGAGGAGGCAGCGCAGCAGGCGAGGGAGGCGCAGGCAGGGAGGCAGCAGGCAGAGGCGGUGGCUGAGGAGGAGAGGGCGGCGGCAGCAGCGGCGGUGGAGGGGCAGCAGAGCGCAGAGCAGCGCCUGAGGGAGGCGCAGGCGCGCGUGCAGCUGCUGGAGGGCGAGGUGGUGUCGCUCAAGGAGGUGGCGGCAAGCAAGGACUCGCUGCUGGCGGCGGUGAAGGAGGAGACGAUGCGCAACGCGGACAUGCUGCUGGCUGCUGCCAACACUCGCAAGGAGUUGGCGGGGGCGGAGGCGCGGAUAGCAGCGCUGCAGGGGUCGGUGGCGGCACUGGAGGCGGAGGUGAGGCAGCAGGACCAGCUGCUCAGCGACAUCCGCGCUGACGCUGUCUCCAGUGCUGACGCCCUGCGCACCGCUGCUCAGAUCAACCAGGACCUGAAUGCAGCGAGGGAGCGCGAGGCGGAGCUGUUGGAGCAGCUGGAGCAGCGCGAGGCCGAGGUGGAGAGCCUGCGCCGCGACACCUCUGAGAACAUCCGCGCACAGCGCGCUGAGCUCGCGCUGCGCGAGGCGGAGAGGCGGGCGCGGGAGCUGGAGAUGGAGAGGGAGUCGCUGCGGCGGGGCGUGGCGAAGCGCGACCAGGCGCUGGGGCUCAUGAAGAGGGAGCUCGAGCGCAGCGCACACAUGCUCUCCGCCGCUGCUGACACCCGCCAGGCGCUGCGGAGCAUGAAGGAGCAGAUGGAGUGGAUGCAGGAGGAGGCGCGCGUCAAGGAGGAGCGCCUGGCGGCGCUGCAGGAGGAGUUCGUCUCCGCCCUCAAAGGCACCACCUUCCCAUCGCUGGACAAGAGCAUUCUAAAGCGAAGAAAGCUGCCGCCACAAGGGAAGUCGUUUGGAGGAGAUGCGCAACCCGAAUCACCUGCCUGA